UUCAAAUUUUGUAUUUUUCUACAAAAAUCCAAACAAAGAUAUACCUGAUGAAAUACCUAUUCCUUUCCAAAUAAACAAUUUAUGAUUAGGGCCGCCGUCAUCUGCCGCCAACUCCGCCCCUUCGCUACCAGAUUCAACGGCUGUAGACACCAAUGCCAUCGUCGGUUGCGGCGGCUGAUCCACUAACCAAUAACUUAGUCUCGAUACACAAAAUCUCAGCUAACGAGGACGAAGAGUACGAAAAAAUUGAGGUUGAAGAAGAAAAUAGCGAAGGAUCAGCUACACUCGAUGAUGUAGAUCAUAAAAAAGAUGGAACCCGCAUUCUGGAGCCUUUGGGUCUUAAAGAGCAUUUAAGAUCAGGAAUUCCUACUCGAAAACCUGUAGCAAAUCCUGAUAUACCUAUGAUUGAAGAGGGUAAUGACAGUUACAGGAUAUCUAAUUAUGAUGAAAGAAGAGGAAAGAAUUAUUCAAGUUUGGAUGGAAAAAGAACCAUUGUACUUUCUGAUCUCCGAGCUCUUAGAUGUGAUAGUGGGGAAACAAGAACCCAUGAAAACCAGCCGUUUGGUCAAAAAGUGAGUGCUGAAUUCACUGAAGGAAGUCAUCAACAAGUGUCGCAGGAUUUACAACAAACAUCAUCAAGGUUGGAUGCUCAGGAGACUUGGGCCAGAAGUUUGACCCCUCCUGCUGAUUCUAGUGGUGGAAACAAAAGACCAGCAGAUAGAUGUGAGUUUUAUUCUACAGGUUGGUGCAUCAAUGGGGGCUCGUGUAGGUUCCUUCACGUAAGGGAACCUGUAAUUAGCCGUAAUAAGGAUGGUUUUUUGGAUACUGCAAAGAUGAAAAACAAACUCAUAAAUGGUGAAGGUUCAAAAGAUACCACCGAGAGAUCAGCACCGGAUUGUUUCUCUGAUUUGUCAUCGUCUGAAGUCCAAUGUAGAGAAAAUCAAAGGUUGAAUAGUGACAAUUAUUUACAUAUGCAUAAGGACGAGGAUCGGUCAAGCAUGCCGUUUAGAGACAUUGGAAGAGAGACUCUUGGAUAUAAAUCACACUUGGCUGGUUAUGGCAGCUCUUCACAACCAUUACCUAAAGCUGAUUCUCUUAGUAAAGAUAGCUAUUGUAGUGAAAUGCCUCCAAGUAGUUCAGUACUGUCAUCUUACAAGUAUCUGAACACCGAAGUUCCCUCUUAUGCCUCAGCUUUGGAUGACACAAGUUAUAAGAGGACCCACCUUAUGCCCGACUAUCAUCAUUUUCCAAUCUUGAAUCGCUCUGUGGAUAGGUGGCCUUCUAAUCUUACUUCUUCCUCUUCAAACCUAGAUCCUGUUGGUAAUCACAAGCUUUUAGACUGUAGCCGAGAAUACUGUUAUUCUAGGUCAAUGUCUCUGCAUAACAAGUCUUCAGCACUUCCUGGUUGUGGAACUGAAUCUUUUUCUUGGACUGAUUUAUCAGGGGACAUGGAACACUCAUGUGGUUAUAAGACCAAGGUGUAUUUUAAUGACUGGGAGAAUUCCGUGCCUUUUCGGCCAUCAACCUUUCUUAGUCAAAUUAUUCCCCCUCCAGAAAGCCUUUAUGAUCCGAUUCGGGACAGCAUUGAGCAAACCAGCACAGCCGAGAAAGAUUUGUCUGCUAAUGAAAGAAAAACAACUGAUAGAGCUAUAGCCCAUCAAGAAAACAUGAAUACCUCUUCAAAAGAAGAAAAACACUCACCCAGAGGCCAAAAGAGGAAACAAUCAAAAUUAGAGAACCUCGGACCCAGCUGUGAAAUUGAUACCGACUUUAGGAGAGAUGGAUCAGUGAACUAUGAGUCAGGUGUUAUGAAACAUUUCCGUGCUGCUCUUGUGGACUUCAUUAAAGAAUUGCUUAAGCCAACUUGGCAUGAAGGUCUUUUGAUGAAGGAUGCAUACAAGAUGAUUGUUAAGAAAGCAGUAGAUAAGAUCAUUAACUCUUUGACACCCGAUCAAGUUCCUGAUACCACUGAAUCCAUCAAUCAGUAUCUCUCUGUAUCUAAGCCAAAAGUAGCUAAGCUCAUUGAGGGGUAUGUGGAGAAAUAUGGUAAAUCUUGAGAUGAAUCAUCAAAAGUAUUGCUUUACAUGCUGCCACUAGUCGGGAAUCGAUGAAACUCGUCAUUGUGGACUACUAGUGUUUCUACUAAAGGGCUAGAAGCAAAAUGUUAAUUUUGUAUAUGGAUUUCUUCUUAUUAGAUAAGACCUUUUUUUUUGCUGCCUUUAUGGGCUGAAAGAAUUUUGGAAGCAUCUAUCUUAGUACUUGGUAAGGAAAUAUAAUUUGCUAA